AGGGCAACUGUCACUAUGCCAUGGACUUUGAUAGGACCUAUUUUCAGCAUACGGAAAAAGUACAGAGCAUCGGAACUGUGUUAAUAUUAAUAAACUGUGAAAUUAUGGUGUUGCCUUGUAAGCCGUUUUUUCUGCCCAUCUCCAUCUGAAAUGGGUCACAAAAGAAAUCAUAUUGGUAUCAUGGUGACAAAAGAAUUGUACUUGUAAUGUUGGUACCACCGAUUGCAUGGACAUGCAAUUUCGAGAGUGGUUUGUUUAGUGUUUAGACUUGUCACCUGCGUUACGUGUUUUGUGAGUAAUUAUAUCGGAAAUAAAAUAUUUUAUUGUACGGGUGACAGGGAAGCUGCAGUUAACCUAACAUCAACCACCUUCUCUUCUGGUUUGAAGAUCGUAUGAGGAUUUCGACAAAAUGAUGUCUAGGUCAGUGAGAGCCGAAACUAGAAGUAGAGCAAAAGAUGACAUUAAAAGGGUAAUGCAAGUGGUUGAUAAAGUACGCCACUGGGAAAAAAAAUGGGUGACAAUUGGAGAAACAACCAUGAAAAUUUACAAAUGGGUCCCGAUUUCAAGCAGUGAACAGAAAAAGAAAGGAAAAGAUCAUAGUAAUAAAGAAAAUUUGGCGAGGAAAGCAUCAGCUCUGGACUCGUCAAAUUCGAAUUUCGGAUUAGCCGAGGACUCAAAUACAUGCUUUUCGGUUGUAAGUGACUCCCAAGGACCAACUGAUUUUUCUGCCCAGCUUGGAUUUUCAGAAGAUUCGAAUUCUCAGAGUAGUGAACCUAGUAGCAGUAAACGUGCAAAAACAGAAUAGGUUUGUAGAUCACAAUUUCAUGCCAGUAUUAUAUUUGUAUUUUCUUGAUAAUUUUUAGAUAUCAAUGACAGUAAUAUGACAACAUAUGUUCAUUUAUCAUGUAUGUUGUAGAAAUGAUGGUUUAUUGGAAAGCUGGUUGGUUAGAAAACCAGUAAGGAAUAACUUAUGCUUUUUUCAUGUUAAAUUGUGUUGAACGUUUGAGAUGGCAACAUUUUCCUAUGUUAUACAUUCCACAUGGAAAAAAGAAACACAAUGUUUGAUUGUUUAGCUUGAUGAUCAUUGGACAUGUUUACUUCUCAAUAAAUUGAAAUUCAUAUUUUCACAACUACGCGUUGCAACUUAAAUGUUUUUCAAAAUUAAUUUAUUAGAACCAUUUACUUAAAUACUCUUUCCUAUGUCAAAUGAAUAAUUUUGCUUGAUACAUUUUUGAUAUUUCAAAUGAUGCUGUUGAUACUGUCCAACAUCGACAAUUGUGCUAGUUCCUUGCAUUUUGCACAAAUAAAUAUUGUAGAUUACUGAUUGCAUAUGAAACGUAAAAUGGCAAAAUAAUGUUUGUUAGUCUUUUUUACAUCAGUUUAAAUAAGAUUUUCUUAUUAUUUUAUGAAUUGGGUAUCUAUUUGGUAUUAUAAAUAGUUUGUUUUACUGUGUAUCCAAACCAAUCUUAUUGACAUGCUGAAGAAAGGUGAACAUUUCGCAGAUUUUAUGUUUCAAUGUUUUAGUAAUCUAAAAGGAUCUGGAUAUAAACACAUAUGUUCAUUGCAUUAAGUAGUAACUUACUUCUUUCUACCUUGAAUUAUUUUUGGACCAUAUUUGUUUUUCUUUUAGCAGUCCAUGUGAUGAUAAAAGAAGUAAUUUCUCCUGUUCUGAAAUGCUAUCAUUCUAUAGUUAACAAAUAUCUUCAGAAACUAAAGAACCACGUUCCAUCAGGUCCCGACAUUUGCUCUACAUAAAUUAACCAUUUUAUACUAUCAAGAAUAAAAGAAAUAUAGACCUGAAUAUUGUAAUAAAAAUAAUAAUGAUAAAAAGUUUAUCAGAACUUUAUUAAACAGAUUUCCAAUUGAAAAAUAUUCAUGUACUAGAGUAUUGUAGAAUGUUUGCAUAUGGAAUAUAAAAUGGCAAAAUAAUGUUUGUCUUUUUAACAGCAGUUAAGCAAGAAAGCUGUUAUUCUCUUUGUUUAUUUACGAUUUUCUUCCAACUUUAUGAACUGGGUAAGCUGUGUUAGUCGCAAUCAAAUUUUUAGUGAAUGGUUUUGUUUUUGAAAGUAAGAUAUAUUUUAUAUUUAAAAAAAAUGUUGGUACUGUAUAAUGCCAUUCUGACUAGCAAACCUAUGUAGUUAACUUUACUAGACAUUUCUAGAAUUGAUGUUGGUAGAUACCUUUUUAAGAAGAAACUAUACUACAUUGAAAAAAUUUAAUUACACAUUGAGUUGUCAGUUUACCUUAUCUUCUUAAAGAAAGCAAUUGACACAAAACAAGUCAAUAUCUAUUUUGCUGUCAAGGAGACACCAUGUCCUUGGCACGUGGUAUCUCCUGGAGAACUAAGUAGCUACUGCCUCUGACUGAAGAAGCCCAAGCUUUCAUUAAAAAGCAUGGGCCUCUUAGUAUCAACUUUCACAUUACAUUCAUAGUAUCAAAGUUUAAACGUUUGAAGAUGGGGUACAAAACAUGUCUUGAGUUUAAGAGUGAAGGGAAUAAUUAGAAGCUCAAAUAUGUCUUCGUGUGUUUGUCUUAAAUGUGUUUUUGAAUUUACGGAGUUUAAUGUCUAUUUGUAAUAUGUAACAAAAUGGUUGCAUUUGGAAAUGUAUAACUGUUUUCAGUUAAAUGUUUAUGCCAUAAUGCCUUAACAAAUAAUGUAUCUUAAUGUUAUUGAUUCUUUACAAUAUGAUUUUCAAAGCUGCUCCUCACAAAAUCAAGGUUUAUUCACAACUGAUUGUUUGUCUUUGUUCUAGGAAGAGAAACAUUUUGAACUGUGAAUAUAUUUUAUGAGAUUGCUAAAGGACACAUCCUUUUACGCUACUUCUUAUCCCACCUCUUCUGCACUGUGUGAAGUUCUAUUGUAUGUGCUAUGAGGAAGCAACAAAAGUAGGUACAUACACAGUAUCUACUAAAAAUUGUAUGUGUUCAAAUAUAGACUAGUUGGAGAGUUUGUGUAUAAAGUGUAUGUUGUUUGAAUAAUUCAACAUUGAUGCAUUUCUCUUUAUUGAGAUUUCAAGAUACUGUUAGGAGGACUUGUGUACUGAUGAGAUUUCUGUAAAAGUUUCCUAAUUUUGUGAAACAUUUAUUUGAAAUGGUUGUUAGAGAAAAAAUAAUUAUUUGUCGAUAAAUAUAAUAAUUUUUAAUUGUAUUACAAAUAUUUCAUUUUGUGUGAUAAAAUUCAUCUAAUGAACUUAUUUCCUUGUGUUAAAAUAAGUGACCCAACACUGCUCAUUGAACUAUUAAGUAUGUGACAUGAAAUUUAAUUUAAGAAAUCUUGUGAAUUAAAAUUCUGAUAUUCUCAUGUCUUGAUCUUGUAGUUAACAGCAGUAUUUUUAUAGUAAAUACUUUAGUAUUAUAUUUAAAUAGUGUGAAUUGAUACUUGUUCCUUAUUUGAUAUAAUUGAAAAUGUAUUUGUUAUUUCCUGAAAUAAUAUUUGAAUCAAAUUGUUUUAAUACUUGCAGGAAAUAUGUUCACAAGGGAGGAACUGAACAUUUUCCUUAUUUCUUAAUAAAAUUUGUUUCAGAAAUUUUUCAGUGAGUAGAUAUUUAAGCUGUAACUUAUUCUUUUUUCACAUAAGUAAAUACUUUUUAAACAGUGAGUUUUGUGUAGAAGAUGCCAAUGGUCUGUGUAAAAGUGUUGAAAGCCAAAAAUAAAAAGAAUUUAACAUGGUUUUACUGAUGUUAUUUGAGAAGUGAAGUACUUAUUAUUGAGAAAGUUGAAACCCCGAGGUAAAAUACCACUUCACAAUGCAACUUUUUACUUUUAUAGCGUUGAUACAAAUAGAAACGGUUUAAUCUGGAGGUCUUACAUCUUUCAAACCAAUACUAGUGAGUUGUGCAGUGUUGAUUUAUUGAAUAUUUUGAUAGACAUGGUUAUUUUUUAACAAUUUAAAUAAAAGUGUGUACUGGUUUCAUCGCCUUUGAUUAUGGCAGAUCCCACAAUAAAUUGUGACAAAACAAAAAUUAAAUACUAAAUUCUAGAAGUAUUUAACAAUAUAUUAGUCAUAUUCUGCGAUUCGUUAAAAUUUUUUCAGUGUUCGAGGAAUUCCAACGGCACAGAAAGGUUGUUCUGGGAGGAAAUGUCGAAACGUAAAAAUUUCAAAAAUUAGAUCUUAGGACAUUUUUAAGUAUUUUUGUCUAAUUAACUCCUUGGAUAUUCUAAAUAUCUAAGCUGUAACAAGUUCUCAAAAGUUGGUUUGAAAAAUACUUUCUAUGCAAUAAUGAAAUUGCAGAAACAUAUAAACUCUCUAGAAACAUGUAAAUUGUUUUAUUUUUUACAAAAGAAAUUAAUAUAUUUGUUCACAGAGAAAAUUAACACAAAAAUGCAG